CAGACUUGGAGGACUGCAUGCCAAGCUCUGCGCGAAGCAUCUGGCUACCCUACACAUAAGUCCUUGAUCUCCAUCUUCAACGACCGCUGAAAUUUCCGUUCCGCUGCUCUCCCACCCUCGCAAACAGGAUGAUGGAUCGCACACAUGGAGGAGCUCCAGAUACGCCCAUCCGGCAUUCGGAUGCAAGAAGACUUUGUUACAAAAGAGCAUGAGGAUGAGCUCAUUCGCAUCUUCCAAAACGAGCUGCAAUGGCCGGAUCGCAGCGGUCGCCUGUCUCUCCACUACGGCUACACCUUCAGCUACAAGUCUUUCGGCAUCGACGAGGAAACACCCUACAUCCCGUUCCCAGACUGGCUGGAGCCACUUUUGCCGACGACAGAGGGAAGACCACCGGAUCAAGUAUGCUUACAGCACUACGCCCCGGGAACGGGCAUCCCGCCUCACGUGGACACGCACAGCGCUUUCGACCAGCUCUAUGCACUGUCGCUCGGCGCUCCCGUCUUCAUGCAGUUCCGUGAAGGCGCCAAGGGUGACGCGAGGACAGACGUCGACCUCAAGCCAAGGAGCAUGAUGGAGAUGAGAGGCGACGCGCGCCUGCACUGGACACACGGAAUCAAGGCGCGCAAGACAGACACUUUGCCCGAUGGCACGGUGCGAUGGAGAGAAAACCGCUGGAGUCUCACGUAUCGGUGGCUGAGAGAGGGCGCCGCGUGCGAAUGUGGGAAUGUGCAGCUGUGCGAUACGGCGCAGCGACGCAAUGGCGUGGAGACUGUGUAUCGGUGGAAGCAAUAUGAAGCAGAGGAGAAGGUACAGUCUGGGACAUGGAUUAAGAAUGUCACAUUGCUAAUCAAGUUAGAAUUAGCAGCACUUGCCCUUCUCACGAUCAUAUGAUGGUGUUGAGCCCAGGGGGUGCAUCACACGUGGAGAAUGCCAUGCUCGACCUGGAAAGCUGUACAGCCAGCGGAUAAACAAGCCGAUGGACUUUUUCCAAGAAUUCUGCCAGCGUCUGCCUUGGAUGAGCCCUCGUCAUUCUUAUCAACACCAACGCUUUUAGCGCAAAUUUCAGUUGAAGCUUGUGCAGCACGCCGUGUGAAGGGUCUUAUCGAUGGUGAAAGCUUCUUUCUCGGGGAUCUGCCACGUGUGUUAAUGGGUGCUAGGCUCAAUACCACCACGUAAAGCCCACGCAAAGGGCACAGCGCACAUGAGAUGGAGCAAGUGUGCACGCCUCAG